GACGAUUUCCCAUUACUUUACACGACGACAUGGAUGCGCGAUGAUCCGCGUCGGCCUAUAUCUAAUCCAUGCAAGCGACCGCCAUUUGUAUACAAACCCGUUUUGACAUUAUUGUCGUGCCUACCUGCAGCGAUUUGAAGUUGAUCUUCACAAGGAAAAAAAUUUCUCGGCUAAGUGAUGGAUUGUCCGCCUAGGAACGGUCACUCAAAUCCUCACUGGCAAAGUGAUGGCUCUUACAUGGGAACCUUAAGUGAUGGAGGAUCAUAUAGAAUCCCAGCGAGGGCGCUAAACAUCGUCUGGGGCAACGAUCCCCGCUAUUGGCAAUGGAUCCAACUUAGGGAAGAGGAAAGUCGGUUAGUAGGGUUCAAAGAAGGUGCAAUGCUAAUUCAAGUGAACUGGAUACAAAUGACCAUGAGUUUGGAUCUCUCCGUCUUAAAGGUGAGUAUGAAGUACACAAUAUACUACAUCGUUAAGUUCAAGGCAGAUGCAUUUGGGUGGCACUCAGCUCCCAUCAAGUUCAAGGUGAAAAUGAAUGGGGAAAAGGAGAGAGUGCAAAGUAUUGUGCUGCAACCGUACCGGGAGAAGCAAGAGGAGUGGCAUAAGAUCUAUGGUGGAGAAUUUUGGGUUUCAAAGGAUAUCACCACUACUACUACUACUGGCAAUAACCAUGGCCACGUUGAGUUCGGGAUGUUUGAAAUCGACACCGAUUGGUGGAAGGGUGGCAUGGUCCUUGCAGGCAUUGUGAUCGAGCCAAAAGUUUGUUGAUACUAUGAUAUCGUCAAUGCCACCCUUUUUGAAAAGUGUAUCUUGAGAACAUCUUGAGAACAGAUAGUGCCAAAGUGGGCCCCAUGCCCCUCUUGGGAAGACCCAUACUCGAGAUUAAUUUGGAGCCCAUUCUAGACCUGUCUCUUUCUCAAGUGCUUUUGGGAUAUACACUUUUGAGGAGGUUUAAUAUUUUCUUAAGAUAUCUGUAUGCAUGUCAUUAGGUCUAUGCAUAUGGAGAAGGUUUCAAAAUAUUUCUUUUUUUUUUGUAGUGUAAACAAUGUGUGUAAGGUUGUAUAUUUGCUAUGUUGGUGUUAUUUAAUACAAAUAAAGUAUGAUAAAAUAAAA